AUGGAAUUAUGGAUAGUAAUAACGUCGUUGUUCAGCUGCUUGUUCGGGGCAAGUGCAGACUUUGACGGCAGGUGGCCGCGGCAGAUGGCCUCGUCCACUGGCCUGUGUCGUUAUGGCGCCAGAGUGGACUGCUGCUGGGGCUGGACGCGACGAUCCUGGGGCCAGUGCCAGCCUCUCUUCGCCCUAACUCACAGGGUAACCGGGAUAAGGUGCCAGCCCCAAGCCGUGUGCCAGGCGGGAUGCAAGCACGGAGAAUGUGUGGGACCAGACAAGUGCAAGUGCCACGCAGGCUUCACCGGGAAAACUUGCAAUCAAGAUCUGAACGAGUGCGGGCUGAAGCCGCGGCCUUGUAAACAUCGGUGUAUGAACACGUACGGGAGCUACAAGUGCUACUGCCUCAACGGAUACAUGCAGAUGCCCGACGGGAGCUGUGGAAAUGCGCGCACUUGUGGCAUGGCCAACUGCCAGUACGGCUGCGAGGUGCUGAAAGGAGAGGUCCGAUGUCAGUGUCCAUCACCCGGCCUCCAGCUGGCUCCGGACGGGCGGACCUGCGUGGGCUCCCCAUCAUGCUGCCCAUCCUGCAGCGGCUCUGAGCGGCACUGA